UUUUAGCGGGUUCGGUGUUCAGUAAGCGCGUCCUAUAGUCACUUACGCAUUUACGCAUUUACGCAUUUACGGAUUUACGGAUAUUCGCACUUAUCCAAAACUCAACAUGCGUAGAUUUGUCAUAAUUUCAGCUAUGCUAGUUGCAUUGGCUUUCUUGUAUCAGACCGAAGCAGCGCCAGUUGAUGAAUUACCUUCAAAAGCUGCUCUAGAUGAGUCGAAGGCUGCAGCUGUAGCAAAUCUUUUGGACGUCGAUGCGGGUGGCGAACAUAGUAGCGAUACACCGAGAGCGGCACGUCAUUAUGGAUACGGUUGGUCUUAUGGCUGGGGUCAACCAUGGAGCUACUAUAGUAAUAGCUGGGGCCGCCCAUGGGGUGGUUACGGUUGGGGUGCAUGGGGUGGUUAUGGCGGCGGUUGGGGUCGUCCAUGGAGCUACUGGGGUUGAGUAAACAGAAAUUCGUUGCAAUUUACUAAUGUUGUUCAUUAUUGGCAUUUUAUUGCGAAUCAAAAAAAAAUAUAUACAUAUUGAAUUAUUGAAUUAUGUGGCCGCAAGAGGCUUCUGAAUUGUGCAACAUACUUACAGAUAUUUAUAAAUAAAAACUAUUUGGCUUUCAAUAACUAA